AUGCGGGCAGGAAGGGGGAGCUCUGAAGCCGGGCGCCUUUGGAGACGGCGGGGAGACGCCCGCCCCAUGCCUCGUGGCUCGGAGCCCGUGAGUUUUGAAGAUGUGGCCGUGUAUUUCACAGAAGGGGAGUGGGCCCUGCUGGAUCCAGAGCAAAGAGCCCUCUAUGAGGAGGUUAUGCAGGAGAACUACAGCGCCAUGGCCUCCGUGGAAUACCCAGUUCCAAAGCCAGACCUGAUCUCCCGCCUCGAAGGAGGGGAGGCGAUUUGGCUACCUGAUCCGCCAGAGAUUGCCGAGAGGCAGGCGGCUUCCGGCUCCAGCUCAGGUGCUGAGCAGGUAAAAGAGAAGGAGAAAUCUCUGCAAGCAGAAAAUGCUCCACUGGUGACCCCAAAAGGGACAGCAUUGCAAUGGGUCAGAGAGGGAACUUCCCAGGAUUGCGGGGAAGGGGGACAAUAUGAGAUUCGGAGAGGGUCAGGGAUGUCCCAACAAAAACGUUCUCAGAAGAAAGCCGGUCUUUGCGUGGAAAGCCACGAUGACCUCUAUGAAGAAAGAGUGCAAGAGGGGAGUCGCAAAGAUGGGACUCAGAAGCCACUCAAAGAUCAGGCAAGAACCUCCUCCCUUAACACCAGCAAGAUAACCCAUGCAGCAGCAAAACGGUUUCAGUGCUCAAACUGUGGGAGAAGCUUCCACUAUCGCGGUCUGCUUGUUAUACACGAGCGAACCCACACAGGGGAGAAACCCUAUGCAUGUUCAGUCUGUGGGAGAAGUUUCAGCUGCAGAUCACAACUUUUUAGACAUCAGAGGGUGCACAUAGAGGAAAGGCCGUAUAAAUGUUCUGAUUGUGGGAAAAGUUUUAAAGCUGCUUCAGACCUCAAACGUCACAGAAAGGUCCACACUGGAGAAAAACCACAUCCAUGUCCAGAGUGUGGGAAAAGCUUUGGUGAUAAGGGGCAUCUUGUUAGACACAAAAAAACCCACACUCAAGUGAAACCAUUCAAAUGCUCACACUGUGGAAAGGGCUUCAGAGAGAGAGGGAGCCUUAGUGUUCAUGAGAGAAUCCACACGGGAGACAAGCCUUAUAAAUGCUCAGACUGUGGGAGAAGCUUCAGUUGUCUGGCAAAUUGCAUAACACACAAGAAAAUCCAUGGAGGAGAGAAACUGUAUAAGUGUUCAGAUUGUGGGAAAAGCUUGAGGAAUAAGUCAAGCCUUACAGUGCAUAAGAGAAUUCACACUGGUGAGAAACCUUACCACUGCACAGAGUGUGGGGAAAACUUUCGGAGCAGCUCAAACUUUAUAAGGCAUAAGAGAACCCAUCGAGGAGACAAACCAUAUGAGUGCCUGGAAUGUGGCAAACGUUUCCGUCUUAGGUCUUCCCAUAUUCGCCAUGAGCAGAGAAUGCAUAAAUACCAGUGCCCUGAUUCAUCGCAGCAAUACCUGAUGAAGCAGCAGCCAGAAUGA